AUGUUCAAAUACAAUCCUGAAACUGACAACCCCAGAAAUCUCCCUUGUUUGGAACAGAAGAAACAGCUCAACCACAGAGCGUGCUGCUUCCUUGGCCCUCCUCCACCACCCCUGUUUCCACCACCGUACUUCAGGCAUGGCUGGAGCUCUAAUCUGCUUGCCUUGGAUAUGAAAGAGUUGUGUCGGGAGCUCCAGCUAAUAGAGGCUUCCUCUCUGCCCAAAUCGCAUUGCCCUGCAGGGCCUCCUGGCCCCCAGGGUCCACAAGGUAUUCCUGGUAUAAUGGGACCAAAAGGGGAGAAAGGGGAGAUUGGCCGGCCAGGAAGAAAGGGUAGACCAGGUCCCCCGGGUGUCCCUGGGAUGCCAGGACCAGUAGGAUGGCCUGGACCUGUGGGACCGAAGGGUGAAAAGGGAGAGUUGGGUGUGAUGGGAUUGCCAGGUACAAGAGGACCAAUGGGCUCCAAGGGUUUUCCUGGAACUAGAGGAGAAAAGGGAUCCAGAGGUGACAGGGGUGACAAAGGAGUCAAAGGAGACCAGGGAGAAAUAGGCUUCCCCGGAAUGCUGGGACAAAAAGGAGAGAUGGGCCCGAAGGGACAAUCUGGAGUACCAGGACACAGAGGACCUAUAGGAAGACCCGGAAAACGAGGCAAACAAGGACUAAAGGGAGACAUUGGACCUGCGGGUAUCACGGGUCCACCUGGAAGGCCUGGUCCUUCUGGCCAGCCAGGCCCCCCUGGACCUUCAGGAUCAGGGCAAUUUGCAAUAGGACCAAAAGGGGAAAGAGGACUUCCAGGGCCUCCAGGGAGAUGUCUCUGCAGAUCCCCACAACAUGUGAAUAACCCACCAUAUGAGGAAUCUGUGUUUGGACACAGUUAUCCAAAAGUCCCUGCGAUUUUUGUGGUGAAUAAUCAAGAAGAAUUGGACCGGUUAAACACUGAAAAUGCCCUAGCUUUUAGAAGAGAUCAGAGAUCUUUGUAUUUCAAGGAUACCUUUGGAUGGCUCCCAGUCCAGCUCACCCCUUUCUAUUCUGUGGAUUACCGCUUCAAGGAUGGCGGUACCUGUGGAGAUGGGAUCGUACAGGAUGGGGAAGAGUGUGACGAUGGCAAUGCGGUUGUGACUGAUGACUGUAUAAGAUGCCGCCGUGCUUACUGUGGAGAUGGCUACAGACAUGAGGGAGUUGAAGACUGCGAUGGGAAGGAUUUUGGAUAUUUGACAUGUAAAACAUAUCUCCCUGGGUCUUACGGAAAAUUGCGAUGCACUUCUUACUGCUACAUUGACUCUACACAGUGUCGAUACUUCACAUGAAGGGAGAGGAG